GCGGCCAGGAAGGUGGUAGCGGCGGAAAGUGUCUCUGCCCUCUUGAACCGCGCGCCCCCGGGAGCAAGCCUCUGCGACGCACUAACGGAGCAGGGCGAGGCUACCCGGAAUAGUAUGCAGAAUACCGGUAUAAAAAGGAAAUUCCAUAACACGAAGACGAACAAACCGCCGAGGCGCGUGAGCACGAACAACGCCGGGAGCCAGACCCAGCCCGUCCUCAUUAUGAAAGACGGGUCACUGGAUCCUGACACCCUGAUCGAGGUCAUGGCAGUCCACCCCUACAACAAGAGAGACGCGUCAGCCUUCAACACCGCAUUUGAGAGGAGCGGAAUGGACACGAAGGGAGACGAGAGCAGCCAGGAGAUCGUGGGCGUCCUUGGCAGCGGCGAUUAUGGGCGGGCAAUAGCAGGGAAGAUCGCGCAGAGUGGGUUCACGGUCCUCAUCGGUUCCCGCGACCCAAACAACCCGCAGAUACAGGAGCUGGUCCGGGGCAAACAGGGAUGCCGCUUGGUCACGCAGGAGGAGGCGGCCAAGGCGGACAUCGUGGUGGUGGCUGUAGGCGCCGACCACUACCGCCGCCUGCCCCUCAACCAGCUCAAACACAAGGUGGUCAUCGAUGUGGCCAACUUCACCGCCCCGCCACCCCCGCAUCAGCCAAGCAAUGCCGAGGUCCUUCAGCAGCUGGCGCCCCAGGCAUACGUGGUCAAGAGCUUCAACGUGCUGUCCGCCUAUGCCCUCGAGAACAGCGUGCAGCAACAGGCGAAGCAGGUGCCUGUUGCUUCGGACUGGCCCGAGGCGCGGCGCCGCGUGCUGGAGAUGGUUAAACAGAUGGGCUACUCGGCCGUUGACAAAGGACCGCUGAAAUUUGCCCGUGACAUUGAGGCCAUCCCGCUACAGCUGAUGCCAGCCUGGAGGAGACCCCUCAUGAUCGUUGGGAGCCUUUGGGUUUUUCACUACCUCUUGUUGCUCUUCAAGUAUCAAGUGUGUGGCAGCAUACAAACAGGCGAGUCGUGGAGGCAGGCAACACUGAGAAAUCUGGCGCUAAUGAACGUGAACCGAACGACUGCGAUCACCGCCUUGUGGACCCUGACGCUGUGCUACCUCCCCGGUGUGAUGGCGGGGUACAUCCAGCUGGCGUGGGGCACCAAGUACCGGCGGUUCCCCAGCUGGCUGGACACUUGGCUCAAGAUGAGGAAGCAGCUCGGGCUCCUCAUGCUGUGGUUGGCUGCUGUACACACGAUACUGGGCGUGGCGGUGUGGUCGGGCAUGUACGACUCCCUGAUCUGGGACCCGCCCCUCAUGGCCACCCUGGACGUGCGUGUGAACAGCACCACCUUCGUGCAGCGCGAGGUGCCCAUCUACAGCUCCACCAUGAGCCUUCAGGGGGAGAUGUUCCUCACCUGCGGCGUCUUGUCCAUGUUAAUCACCUGCAUCGUGGGCGUGUCGUCACUGCCCUCCGUGGGGGCGACGCUCACCUGGCGGGAGUUCAACUUCAUCCAGAGCAAGCUGGGCUGGCUGGCGCUCAUCACCGGCACGCUGCACGACGGCCUGGUGGGCUGGGGCUUCUCCGCCGACCACUACACCGUCUGCUCCCUGCCCUCAUGCGCCCAGUACGCCUUAAUCUUCCCGCUGUUGACCAUCACCCUCAAAGCACUCCUCCUUGUACCCUGCGUGGACGGCCCGCUGCAGAAGAUAAGACGCGGUUACGACCGAGUCAAGAGUCCGCCCGCCGUCCACCCGAUGCACGUUGGCCACUACGAUAUGAGCAGAAGGAGCAGGGAAGAUCGCAAUGGCCUGUGGCACGUUCUUCCGCCUGAGGACCGGCCGAGAAUCAUUAACGCAUAACACAAUAAAAGAAAGCGCACGUUGCACCAGACGAGUUGAAUCAACCCCUCCGGUACUUCCAUAGCCGGCCGCACAAGUGCUGUAGAAAAGAAAUUGGAUGUUCAGUUUUAUAGAUUUUGUGGUAGAAUGAAAUGAGAAGAAAAGAUAAUCGUGAGUGUGCUUUGGGAGUAGCGUGAAGUGAAGAGCAGGCGGAUUUCAGCCCGACGCAUCAUUGCUCUGAUCUGACAAUGGAACACGGAGCGAGUGUCGGGCAACAUGUACGUUUCACAGGUCCGCCUGCUUUGCCCAGCCUAACACUUUGGUUACUUUGUCGUACCUUCUGAAGUACCUUGGGACCCGGAACACGAUACACUCAGGAAACCCUUCCUCCAUGUGGCCUGUUGUAGUGGCAGUGUCCACUCACACACCAGCCAUCAACCACCACACAGACAGUGUUGUCAACGUGGACAGUCUGGCCACCCCUUCCCCCACCCCCCACUCUCUCUC